UGAGAGACAAAAGAUAACAUUCAUGUGCACAUCUUAUGCUAUCUACCUUGUCCAGAGGUCCACCAAUCGUCACGGUCCAUGCUCGCCAGGUCGCAUAUCCGUGAUCAUCAAAUCGUGUCCAUCUGAUGGGCUGUCUCCCCCUUCUUUUCUUCCUUUCCAGUUGUUUUAUCGUGGUUUUCAUCUCUUUUUCUCAUCCGGCCUCUCGAUGCCUCGUAGAGCGGUGGCACCCUUGCACGUCGUGCCUGAGCCAAUGACUUCUGAUUCGUACCAAGGCUCCGGAGGUGAUGGUUGUUGUCGUGGCAUACGGAUUGAUGAAAUCCAAAAAUGCCUCCUUUCCACAAUGGCGGAUGCCAGCCGUCCACAAACACCACAGGCCGGACAAGGGCAAAGGCGGUGCAUGAGCAACGGCUAAACAAUCUUGCGGCAGGGAUUUUGCGUCGUGCAGCAGUGUCAUGGUUGCAUUGCCACAAGGUUCGCCGGACAGCCAGCUAUGUGGAUGGCGCUGGAUGUAGCCUCCCGAACGAACACCAAACAUAGCCUUCGCAACCACAACUGAACAUCCACUCAUCCCCGCUCCCGUCAACUCCAACUGUCGAGAUGAAUGUUUGUCUCAUCCUCCCACCCCUCAAACAUCCUCCAAUCCUUCCUUCCGCUGUACCAUUCCUUCCCAGUUCGCUUCCUCCAUCGGCAAAGAACCAGUGCGUGACCAUCCUACGACGUCACCACCAAUUCUUGCUCGAGUGAGGACCAAAUCGCGUUCAAGCCGUUCCUGGCCACCCGUCUCAUCACGGUGCAGACAGCCGCCAGUCCUGCAAAGCGUCGACAAACCAUCUAUAUGUCGAUAUCUCCUUCCGCCACUAUGCAUCUAGCACACUGCAGAUCGCUCUCAAAAUCCAUACCUCCCCUCCCCUCCCCAAGUCGUCCAAAUAUUUGAAAAAAAAGAAAACGACAACCCGCGAGGCGCAACCUAAAAAUGGUAUCCGUUCCAAGCCAUGAUCAACUGUAGCCAGCUGACCCUGGCUGACCAUCACGCCACGCGCCGUCCAAAAUCCGAACCCAUAACGCCGUUUAUGUGAGCCCACCAUACCAAAACGAACAAAACACGACCCCUCCUCCGUUAACACGAAAUAACUGUGAAACCGCCAGCCAUGACAAAAAGCCCGUCCAUCCGUCAUGUAUUGAGUUUUGCGUGCGCACCUUUUUGUGAUCCAUAGAGCCUGAUCCGCCUGUAGAGCCAAUGUUAUUGAGUCGUGUGAUCAUCAACUGAUGAAAAUGUGAGAGCCAAAAUGAGAAAAUGAUCUGCUCGCGUGUGUCUUGAUCGAGAGGUGAAAUUGGCUGGAAAUCCGAGGAACGAGGAACUGUGUUGGGUAUAAGGGAUGGGAAGCGUUUCAAUGGAGGAAAAAGAAAUCUCGCAGCGCCUCAUGGAGUAUAAAGCCGCUUCCGCCAUGAAGCCAACAAAGACGUAUAAACCCCACACCACCCAAGACUCCGCGCCCAUGCCGAAGCGUUGUAAGCCGUGAAUGCGAACAGGAUGAAGCUGGACCGUAUCGAAAAAUCCUUGAAAUGGGGCAAACUCCAAAAGAGAAUGUGUCGUAGUACAGUUCCGUGCAUGUCGUUGAACUGUUUGCAGGGUCGGCAGAAAGAGUGUGAUAGACGAGUCUGCCGUAGCGUAAACGCAAACCUGACAGGCCGAGGGACAACACUUGCCGUCAUGGUAGCCCAUUCACAGUUCGGGAGGAACAGAAAGAGAUGGCCGAAAAAAAAGGACGACUAAUAUGUACAAUUCAAAGACAAAACAACGUGGAAGCGAUGCAUGGUCGCACACCUCCUCACAUUACC